UGUGCUGCCCGAAGAGCAGAUAUUUCGCCCUUCCAGGACCGCGCAGCGAUCCAUUCAAGCCAACAAGUUUGGAGUGAAUGUUGAGUUUAAUCAAUUCAGAGCGUCGAGAUGGAGCCCAACUCACUCAUGUGGGUAGGCUCGCCUUGUGGUCUGCACGGACCGUACGUUUUCUACAAGGCGUUCAGGUUUAACCUUGAAGGCAAAGCGAGGAUUUUGUCCCUUGGCGACUUUUUCUUCGUGAGGUGUAAACCCGAGGACCCGGUCUGCAUAGCGGAGCUCCAGCUGCUAUGGGAAGAAAGGACGAACAAGCAACUUUUAUCCAGCUCCAAACUUUAUUUUCUCCCAGAAGACACUCCCCAGGGAAGAACUGUCACUCACGGCGAGGACGAGAUCAUCGCAGUGUCAGAGAAGGUCAUAGUGAAGUUGGAAGACCUGGUGAAAUGGACGGUGUGGGACGCCUCAUGUUGGAAGAAGGGCCUAAGGGCCAUGCCCUUGAAGCCCUCCACACUCAAGGAGUUGGGCAAGAAUGGCCAGAGGGAAGCCCUCCACAGAUACAGAGAGUCCACCCUCAACAGCGGUCUCAACUUCAAGGACGUCCUGAGGGAGAAGGCUGAACUGGGUGAUGAUGCGGAGGAGAAGAGGGUUCUGGUGCUAAGUUAUCCACAGUACUGUCGCUACCGCUCUAUCAUCGCACGGCUCCGGGAGCGGCCGGCCUCCCUCCUGACGGACCAGGUGGUGCUGGCACUGGGGGGCAUCGCCUCGCUUACCAGCAACACACAGAUCCUCUACUGCAGGGACACUUUCGAGCACCCCACGCUACUAGAGAAUGAGAGCAUCUGUGACGAGUUUGCUCCUAACCUGAAGGGCCGGCCCCGCAAGAAGAAGCUUUCUUUCUCCCAGCGCAGAGACUCUCAAGGCCAGAGUGGAAAUGGCAAAGACCCUGGCAGUACAGAGGGCAAGUCCAAGGUGAAAGGAGACAUAAAGGCCGUGGUGUCCAAGCCCAAAAGCAGCAGCAGCGCUGGCUGCAAACGACAAGCCCAAGGCGAGGAUAAGCCAAAAGAGGAAGGAGGUGAAGAGUGCCGGGCGGAGGAACAAGCCUUCUUAGUGGCUCUCUACAAGUACAUGAAAGAGAGGAAAACCCCCAUCGAGCGGAUACCCUACCUAGGCUUCAAGCAGAUAAACCUUUGGACUAUGUUUCAAGCUGCUCAGAAGCUGGGAGGAUACGAAUUGAUCACAGCCCGCCGACAGUGGAAAAAUGUUUACGACGAGCUGGGCGGAAACCCAGGCAGCACGAGCGCCGCCACAUGCACACGGAGACACUACGAGAGGCUAAUUCUGCCCUAUGAGAGAUAUACGAAAGGAGAGGAGGACAAGCCUCUACCCCCCAUCAAACCCCGAAAGCAAGAGGCCGGCGCCCCGGAGGGGGGCGGCAAGACAAAGGUCCCAGCCACGAAGCGACUGAAAGACGACCAAAAUCUGAAGGGCCGGAAUGAAAAGGACGCCUCAACCAAAGUUCCAGAGCCGGGUGCAGAGGACAUAGAGGACAAGGAGCAUCUCCAGGAGGAGGUGCUGGUGAAGCAGAAGGCACAGCAGUCCCAGCUUCCAGCCCAGAGGGAGGGCGAGGUGAAGAGUCCCACCUCGGAUGAUGGUGACGUGCAGCUGAUCAUCAAGGAGGAAGAGGACAAACUGGUGCUUCAGAAGGCCCCCUGGGAUGGCGAUACACACGAACCAAUCAAUAGGAGCAAGCACGCAUCGCUUCCACAGGAUGGCACGCCACUCAAAUCAGAGGACUCUGAUGUGUUCCCUGUUGCUGCCUCCAUACCACUACGCCAUUCCCACCCCUUCACUCACCCUCACACACAGGACCAAUGGCAGCAUGGGACACCAGAUUACAAAGUACCUCCGUACACCUUGGGAAAUAUUGAACAGGCUGGGUUAAAAGAGAAUCAGAACCACGUAGUAAUGGUGCUACCCUCUCUGAAGCAAAGACCUCUGCAACCCCUGUCAGCGCCAGAGAUUCCAACGGAGAGGGCUGAACUCCCAACCAAAGAGGAGAGCUUCAGCUACAACUCACUCCUCUAUCCUAGAAGCAACCCUGGCAUAAUGUCCCCCUUAGCCAAGAAAAAGAUGCUGUCCCAAGUCAGUGGCACUGGGUUGCCCAAUAAUUAUCCCUAUGGUCCUCCUCCCCCAUUAGUCAACAAAAAGGCAUCAGCCAGUAGCACAGAGGAAACAGCUGCUGGACAGCAUGGCCCCCAGGUCCCUUCCACUGCAAGUGAGGCAAGUGUAGUGAUCAAGCGUCCAUCUGUCAUCCAGCAUGCCCAGAGCUUCAAGUCUCGAGGUGGUGAGGACAGGAGACCUUCUGUAGAGUCUUCUCAGAAAGAGGUGUGUAAUGAGGGGGAUUCAUACCCUUCUGAACCACUCCAGCACCAACAUCUACAGCAGUCCCAAACCAGCCCCACAGGAGAGCCCUAUGUUGUGAGGGCCAACCCUCACUCCAGCGUGGAAAAAUCUACUGAGAUACCUCGUCCAGGACAAGCGCCUAGUUUCCUUGGUGAUUUCUACUCCUCACCACAUCUGCACAGCCUCUACCGACAGACUGAGCAUCAUCUGAGCAAGGAACAGCUAAGCAAGUACCUGAGCAGAGAGGCUUACCCACGGGACACUGAGACUGCACAUGGUUUCCCCCAGAGCCAGCAGCCAGACAGUGGAAGCCUGACUUAUUGUGCUCAUCUGAAUCAGAAAGAAAAAGGCGCUCCUACUGAAAGGGUGACAGAAGAGCAACCAACAGAUCUCAGUCUCCCAAAGCCCUCUCCACACAAACUGCCCCACUCCACCUCGUCACUAUGUGGCCUCCCACAUUCCAUGAUGCAACAGGACGUCAAAAGCACUCCUCUCUUCCAAGCAGGCAACAGCCAGAGUUCAAGCUUGGACUACCACCCCAGAGCCUGCCGUGUCCCUCCUAUGACUGUUUCCACUCCCAAAAAGGUCAGUGAACCUCAGCCCAAAGCACACAACGACCGAGGAGAAGAAACGCUGAGCUACAAGAUAGAUGACAUGGCUCGGCCCAUCCUGAGCACCAAAAGUAGCCCGCAGAAUGUUGGUGCAGCACGGCCACUAAAAAGGAACCUGGAAGAGCUGGAAAACGGACCCACUGAGAAGAAGAUCAGAGCUGUGACGCCCAUGCACUGCUCCACACCUAGAGACAUCCCGGUGAAAGUGCGGACCCCGGAGCCUGACAACGAGUCCAUGAAGCCGGCAGAGCCGGCGCACGCAGUGCAUAUCAACAGCUAUGCUGCCGAAGGACACAAGUUCCCCCUGCACUCCCCCAUCUUCCCAGGACUGUAUCCUGGGGCUUUUGUAUCUCAGGUACAGGACAUGUGUGACAGCCUGAGCCCCCAUGUCCCCCCUGGUUACUCACAUCCACUGCAGUACUUGAAGAACCAGGCUGUCAUUUCGCCACUUAUGCCUCCAUUCGCCAUCCAUUCCAUAAUGAUGCAGAGACAGUUCUUGGCCCAGGCGGCCAACCCAGCCCACCUAUACAGGCAUCCAGUUGGGACUUCGUAUGGGGACAUUCUCCACCAUGGCCUCUACCCCAUGUCAGCCCUCAAUCCCCAGCCAGCUUUCAGUCCCCCGCAGCUCUCUUCAGUUCAUCCCAGCACCAAACUCUCUUAGAUAGAGGAGCCUGACAUUCCGAUAACUGGAGAGGCCUAAAAGACACUCCUGACUCAUACUCGAAUGGUCCCUAUUUCCAGUAAGCAUGGCCGUGCUGUCAACCACACAGCUAUAGACGCUUCAACUUAGGAGCAGUUUAUUUCUGUUAUUUGUCCUUUUUUGCCACUCAAGUUUAUGAUUUGCACAUUUCUUAGAACAUGGGCCAGCUGGGCUGAUUGUGUCUUGUUCUCACCGUGCUGUCUGCAGGCGUCAGUUGACUGGUUUGAAUAAGGAUUGCCUUAGCAUGAGCGCUGGAGUUAGUGGAGGGUGUUAUGUCCCAAUGGAUGAGCAGGAAUUCUCACUGAACUUCUGGGUGCCCAAAGGAUAUAAACAAGUCGAGUGACAAAUCAAUGCAAUUGCAGCAAUGCUAUUUCAAUCAAUCCACAGAACUCUGGUUCGAAACACUAUUUUGACAUCAUGCAGGAAAGCUGCCUGGUGAACUAUUGUACCUUUGCAUAUUAAUCCUUACUGUGCAUCUUUUUAUGUAUCAGUGUGGUAGUUUAGUGUGUUCAUAUUUCAAGCCUGCAGGGGUUAAACUAGUAAGAUCUAAGUUUUGUUCAAACCACAAGAGAUCAGAACAUUGCAGUUUGGUGUGUUACACAGCUACAUGUAAAUAAAACUAACUAAGCUUUCUUUGAAAGAAUCUUAUACAUUGAUGAUAAAAUGUGAGUUAGGUUUCACAUGCUUUUCUGACCACCAUCCACUGGCAUCCGCUUCUGUUCCUCUCACACUCAGCGAAGCUCCCUCCCAUUUGCCAGGGCAAUGUGGAAUGUGUUUGUCAAAUGUAGGACCGAGGUGCUUGUACAUAACCCCAGCAAACUGAAAACACUUUGUAUCAUACUCACUGGCUACUGUAAUUUCUGACUGCGCUAAACCGCAAGUUCUAAAAUGGGAUCACUUUGCUCGUGAUGGGAUGAAGUACCAUGUCCAGGACUACUUUGGUGUCAGAAAGUGGCUUUUUCUUUGCAGGCACACACUUGUGAUCACAGUUUACUCAGAGGAAUUCUUUUCAGGAGAUUUACCAGGGUUUAAGACUAUACCUGAGGAUGUGGGAGAGGGAGUUUUAGGAGCACUUAGUGAAGCACACAAAAGGCCCCUCCUGAUUGUUUAUGUUCAAAGAUGUAUAGCAGUGGAUGUCAAACUUACCUUAAGAUACGUUGGAUUGUGCUGGCAGUAUUGGCAGUGGUCAGACGUUCUGUGUAAAAUAAUGUGAAACACCAGAAAAUGGUUAACAGUCAAAAAAAAAAAAGUAAUUUCUUUGCACAAAGGAUUUUGGAAAAGUACCAACACAAUUUGUAAGUGACACAAUCUUCCUAGGGGUAAUCAAUUUUUUUCUUUGUUUCACUCUUUAUUUUGAUGUAUUAGUAGGAGAAAUUAAACUUAAAAGUUCAAGAAAAUGUAUUUGCUCCAGCAGUGUUUGGAGUAGCACUCAAGGUUGCUAUGUAACAUUUUUAAUAAGAAAUAAACUGUUUUAUAACUUAAAAAAACAUUAAUUUUA